CGUGUUUGGAUGGGAGCGGAAACUAGGCGUGAAGAGCAAAAGUGUAUAAAGCGAUAGAUCGAGGGCAAGGGAAAGAAUCGGAGAAAGGAAUUUUGUUGUGAGAUCGAUCGAUUUGCCGGAGAAGAUCGUGGAGAUGGCGAGCUUUUCGGAGAUGGGAAGGCGGCCGGAGAAGUCGAGCUUUUCGCUCACUUGUAGUCUUUUGAGCCAGUAUAUCAAGGAGAAGGGUUGCCCCGCAGAUCUCGGCCUGGGAAGGCCUACUCGCUUGCUUGAUCCCGCUGUUAUAGGUAAACCGGAUGCGUAUCGUCCACCGACGACCAUGAGUUUACUUCCCGGAGUGGAUGCCUCCGGCGACGAUAUGGCUGGCGAGAAGGACGACGUGUCGGCACUUAACUCUACGAAACCCGUUGAACUGUUUCCCCUUCAGCCCGCUAAGCAGCCGGAGAAGGCCCAGCUGACCAUAUUCUACGGGGGGAAGGUUCUAGUUUUCGACAACUUUCCGGCAGAAAAGGCUCAGGAUCUGAUGCAGCUCGCGAGCAAAGGCUCAGGCCUAGGCGUUCAAAAUUUCUCGCUCACGCCUCCAAGCGCCGCCGCUGACCUCCCGAGUUGCCCUGCUCCGUCCAAUCCACCGGCGAGCUUUCCACCCCGGGCGCAGCCCAGCUUUUCUGAUCUCCCUAUCGCAAGGAAAGCAUCACUGCAUCGCUUUCUGGAGAAGAGAAAGGACAGGAUUACUGCAAAGGCACCGUAUCAGAUAAGCAGCAGCGAGGGCUCGAAGAGUGCUGUUUCUGUGAAGGAGGAGGAGAUCUGCCAGCCAUGGCUAGGUUUGGGGCCUCAGAUCUCGAAUUGUAUCAGAUAGUUUAAUUAUUACUCUAAUUUUUUUUUUCGUUGAUUAAACUCUUUCAAGAUUGUUGUUUUUAGUUGAGCUGUUUAGGACGAUUUGUAACUUUAUAUGUAAUAGGAUGUGAUCUCUGACUUGCAAGUUUGACAUUCUAUUUGUUAUUGCAACAUCUCCUUAGCUUUUGGGUGAA